GGCGCAGUUUGAGCGACGCACAUGAGUUCAUCGAGGAAGUCGUUUGUUGACGUUUUGUCUUUUUGUACAUGCUUUUUGUUUCUUUAUUAGAAUCCGUAGAAAAUGUCCCUGAUGGCUUCCUCUGAUCCACAGCCGCGGUUCGGUCAGUCUGUCAAAGGUUUGCUGUCUGACAAAGUGGGCUCGUGUAGCGGCGACGUGAUGGCCCUGACCCGCCAGGUGCUCAAAGGCUCCCGCAGUCAAGAGCUCCUGGGACAGGCAGCACGUAACAUGGUGAUUCAGGAGGAUGCUAUCCUGCACUCUGAAGAUAGCCUAAGAAAAAUGUCUAUCAUCACAACACAUCUGCAAUAUCAGCAAGAGGCUAUCCAGAAAAAUGUGGAGCACUCAAAAAAUUUGCAGGACCAACUGCGGCAUCUGUUAAAGUGAGUCCCAAUACCAAGGAUCACGUAACAAACCUCAUCAAAGAAUGGACUUAAAGAACUUUUCUCAAAGAAGUUGAUGAUCUGGUUGCACAUUUUUCUUAGGUUGUUUGGAACUGGAUAGUCUUCCUUUCACUUAACUGAUAAAAUAAUAAAGCCAUCCAAACAGUAGUAUUAAUGAAGACCUGAAGAACAGUUAUCUGCAGCCCGAAGGCCUGGCAGCUGCCUGACCUCCUGCGUGUCCCAGACGUCCCUGUGCCGUGAGCAAUCGCUGCACGUGUUUUACUUGACUGCUCUGUGCACAACAGAGGCUUUGAGAGAUCCCACCAUCAGACUCUCAUCAACUCAUUAUCCUUGAGUCAAAAUAAUGUUCUUUAUAAAAUCACUGUGUCUUAUCACAAAGCCAAGGUCUCAGGAUACUGUCCAGGGACAGAUUGCUUGCCAGCCUCUGAACUAAAGUAGGUUUGAAACUCAAAUGAUUUAAUUUCUAUAAAUUCAAACUGUACACAAAGCAGCUUUACCAUUUAUGUCAGAAUUUUAUAUUUGACUUGUACACUUACUGUACUUUGGUAAUGACCAUAUGAGCUGAUUG